AUGCCCCUUGUCUUCACGCCCAGUUGUCACCACGAUUCCUUGUCUUCACGCCCAAUUGUCUACACGCGCCCAGUUGUCUACACGCCCAGUUGUCUCGCCUCUUGUCUACGUCCAGUUGUCUACGCCCAGUUGUCGACACGCCCGGUUAUCUACACGCCCCUUGUCUACACGCCCAGUUGUCUACACGGAUUCUCUGCAUGCGCAAUACACGCCCAGUUGUCUACACGCCCAGUUGUCUACACGCCCAGUUGUCUACACGCCCCUUGUCUACACGCCCAGUUGUCGCCCAGUUGUCGGCCGCCCAGUUGUCUACCGCCCCUUGUCCCCUGCGCCAGUUAUCUACAUGAUUGUCUACCGCCAGUUAUCUACACGCCUGUCCCACGCCCAGUUGUCUACACGCCCAGUUGUCUACACGCCCCCUUGUCUACACGCCCAGUUGUCUACGCCGUUGUCUACGCCCAGUUGUCUACGCGCCCAGUUGUCUACGCCCCCUUGUCUACCACGCCCAGUUGUCUACACGCCCAGUUGUCUACGCCCAGUUGUCACCUAUGGUGUGGUGGCGUGGAUUACCUCGCGGGUCGUACACCCACACACUUCAUCUCUUUACCCACAUAUCAAACUGUGUCUCUGCUCAGUCUCCAGGUCUCACAUCUCAACUCUCUCUGA